AUGGCGGUUCUCGUCGGCAGCUUCCCCACAUGGUAUCUGGCUUUGCGCCGAAGCUCGUCUGGCCAGGCACAGCUUCUUUUCUAUCACAGCCGCAUCACCUUGGCUUCGCAUCUGAGCGCAGAGGACAGCGUGAUCGCAUCGAACCCUGUUAACUGGGACAACAGCCGACAAGCUUGGCGCCACGUGUCUGUGGUGGUCACCCCAAAUCUGGCAUCGACGCACAAUGUCUUCUUUUUCGUCGAUGGGGAGCUGGCAUCCUCAGGGUACCGUGUCGUGUCUUUGAUCGACAUCCUCGAAGCCCCCUACAUCGCUCCAGCACACCGGGAUGUUUUUCAUAUCGGGCCCGUCAACGUGAAACGUUUUCCGGAGCUCCUCGCUGCCGGCAGUAAGAGUGCGCGAGAGGUUAGUCAAGGGCAUGUCGAGCACACCUUCCCGGAUUCCCAGCGUUUGAUCUACGUUCAAGACCGCAGCAAGCACAGCCAUGCACACCAAAGCAACACUGCCGAAUCCAGGCGUGUGCACCAUGAAGCCUUGGACGGGCUGACGCUCGGGUCACAGAUCUCGGAGCUGCGACGCCGCGCGGCCUGCAAUUCGCCCUUUGAGCAGCUGGAGGGUUCCACGUGCCAGGCCUUGCCCAGGCUCACGGCUCCCAACACCAGCUCGGAGCAAUCAGAGUGCCGAACGGGCUAUGAGCUUUGCGGUGCAUUGCCUGGAAUCUGUGUGGAAGCUUGCCCAGGUACUUUGCUCCGUCAGGCAGACUGCUCCUGCGAUUGUCCGCCGGCCUACUUCCAGACUUGGCUUGCCUCUGCCAUCCACCUGACUGGAUCUGGUGAAGUGAGGAAUGCGACGAUCUACGACGCAGAGCAUACCAUACUCGGCUCGGUUGGCUUCGUAGCGCUGCCUCAGCGCAUUCCUCUCUCGCCAGACCCAUCCCAGGCCGGCACAAAACAGGGGCAUGGAACAUGGUAG